AUGGGGUGGGCGGCGCGGUUCCUGACGGCGGUCUCGUUCCUCGCCGCGGGCGUCCUCUUCGCGCCGGACGCGCUCCUCGGCGGCAGCCCCGGCCGCCCCGCCGCGGGCGUUGCGGCGGCGAGGCUCGCGCACCUCCUCUGCUUCGCCACCGCCUGGGGCGCCGCGCUCUGGGUCACCUUCAUCGGCGGCAUCGUCAUGUUUAAGAAUUUGCCAAGGCACCAGUUUGGGAAUCUACAGGGGAAGAUGUUCCCAGCCUACUUCAUGUUGAUAUCAGUGUGUUCAGCCAUAUCGGUAGCAGCAUUUGCAUACCUCCACCCAUGGAAGACAGCUUCAACUAUUGAGCGUUACCAGCUGGGAUUCCUUCUUGCGGCCCUUGGUUUUGACCUCUCCAAUCUUCUUGUCUUCACCCCCAUGACCAUCGAGAUGAUGAUGAAGAGGCACAAGAUCGAGAAGGACCUCGGCAUCGGAAGCGAGGUGGGUGGUUCGAGGAAUUCCGACGUUGCGAAGACGAGUCCCGCGCUUGCAGCGAUGAACAAGAAGUUCGGGAUGAUCCACGGGCUGUCGUCGCUGGCAAACAUCAUGGCAUUCGGCAGCCUUGCCAUGCAUUCCUGGCAUCUCGCCAGCAAGCUCAAGCUGUGA